UCUUAAUACUAUUGGCAAGAGCGUGUGACAGUAACAGAGUAACUGUAAGAUAAAUUAACUUUCAAUUGUGGUUUUAACUUUUGUUUACGUUAAUUAUUAAUUUUCACCAUUAAGAAAUCGUAAAAUUGUGCCUUAAACAUGCCUCGAUAUCAUACAGUUGAGAUAAAUAAAACAGAAUGGAUUGUACCCGAAAGAUAUCAAAUGCUUACACCUGUAGGUUCUGGCGCUUACGGCCAAGUUUGCUCAGCCAUAGACACUGUACAUAACAUGAAAGUCGCUAUAAAGAAAUUAGCAAGACCAUUUCAGUCUGCUGUACAUGCUAAGAGAACUUACAGAGAACUGAGAAUGUUAAAACACAUGAACCAUGAAAAUGUUAUCGGCCUUCUAGAUGUGUUCACUCCAGAAAAGAAUCUGGAGGAUUUUCAGCAAGUGUACUUAGUUACUCACUUGAUGGGAGCGGACUUGAAUAAUAUCGUCCGCACUCAGAAGUUAUCCGAUGAUCACGUACAAUUCCUCAUCUAUCAGAUACUAAGAGGCCUAAAGUAUAUACACUCCGCCGGUAUUAUUCAUAGGGACUUGAAACCUUCCAAUAUUGCUGUGAAUGAAGACUGCGAAUUGAAAAUAUUAGAUUUUGGCCUUGCACGGCCUACUGAGACUGAAAUGACAGGCUAUGUCGCCACAAGGUGGUAUAGGGCACCAGAGAUCAUGUUAAACUGGAUGCACUACAAUCAGACUGUAGAUAUUUGGUCGGUUGGAUGCAUUAUGGCUGAACUUCUUACUGGCAGGACAUUAUUUCCUGGUACAGAUCAUAUUGACCAUCUCACAAGAAUAUUGUUUUUGUGCGGGAAACCAGAACAGGAUACCAUAGACAAAAUUAUAAGUGAAGAGGCUCGUAACUACAUCCAGUCUUUACCGACGUUGAAGAGGCGUGAUUUCCGCGAGGUGUUCCGCGGUGCCAACCCGUUGGCCGUCAACCUUCUCGAACUUAUGCUGGAGCUGGACGCUGACAAGCGUGUGACAGCUGAGCAGGCGUUGGCCCACGAAUAUCUAUCGCAGUACGCUGACCCCACAGAUGAGCCGGUCUCGGCGCCUUACGACCAGAGCUUCGAGGACAUGGACCUGCCGGUCGACAAGUGGAAAGAAUUAGUAUGGAAGGAGGUCGUGGAGUUCAAACCGCAUCCUCAGCACAUGAACACGGUCAUCGAAGUCAACCCGUCGUAAUCGUGAACAUAACAACGCAAGCUAUAUAUUUUUAAAAAGUCAAUUAUCUUUCUACGUAUCAUUUAUACGUGAAAUAAAUUAUUACAAACGGAUGUCAUAUGAUGACAUUCUUUACAUCGCAAAUUAAAUAAACGUAUUUUAUAACGUAAUCGUGUAAUGCGUCGCUCAGACAGCUGCGGCUGUUGUGUAUGUUAUAUACCUAUGUAAUAUUUUUUAAUCGCGCUAUUUACAACUGAAACAAUGUAUUUAUAUGCCCUUACCACGGAUUUUCAUUGUAAACUAAACGGAUUAUUUUAAUUUUUUCAUUCAUAUAUCUACGUAGAUGUUAUAAAGUGUGGAGUAUGAAAUUAAAAACUGAGAAUUUCCCGUAUUUAGUGUGACAAUGAGAACGUAUGGUAAACGUAAAACGCUUGUAAUUUAUUAGUCAUUAUAAUCAACAUUCAUGAUGACAAUCAGAGAGUGUUAUAUUGAAUUUUAUUGCUUCGCCUUGGAAAUGUAUUUUUAUAUCGCAAAAGUUUAAUUCAAGGACGUGUUGCGCCACAGAUCGUUUGUUGCCAUAAGAGUAACAAAAAUAAAUAAAAAUGUAUGUAUUGUGCGUGGAGUCCCUCCGCGCGGAAGAAGUGAAACUUUGUUAUCUCGGAACUAAAACAUAAAGGGGUAGAAAUUGAUUUUAAGAUUUUUUUUUUGUGUUUCUUAAUGAAAAAAUUCAUUAACUUUACUUACAAGUCGCAAUUAAUAGCCCGCAUGGGUUCGAGCGCCUCGCAUUCCCUCUCGCUCUGUCUUUUUAUUCCCCCCCCCUCCCCACCAGAGCGUUAAACGUUUAACGCAACCUCGUUGGAAGUCGCAGAGAAGUUUCACUUCAAAAAUAUACGAUUCUAAUGCGCACGUCUUUUUAGUAAUAAAAUACAAUAUUUUAUAGCAAUACGCAUUAGUGGCAUUAUCGCCGAUGUAUCUUCCCUCUUCUGAGCGUGUUUCCGCUUCAUCUUGCUGUAUAGUGCUAGGUAGAGUAGAUGUAGUUUAUAGUGUUUUAUAAAACUAGCAACAUAAUAAACCGUCCAUGAGAAUGUGACAUCCCAAUUUGCUCAUAGUUUGUUGCUUCUGUUAAAAUUAUUAUGCUUAACCAAUUUUAUAAUAAUUCGUUUACUAUUAUUUUUUUUGUUUUAUAAGCCUUUUAAAAUAUGUACAUUAAAUAUAGGAAUACCUUCCAAUUAUUCACGAUUUUUUUUCGCGUCCAAUUAUAUAUCUGUUAAUGUGAAAAUUAUUUUUAAUGUUGAAACGUAAUUGCCAUAACCAACAAUGUUACCUUCGCACAUAUGAAUAUAAAUUAGCAAGCCUCGCCUUGCUAUAUUGUAUUGUUGACUUGAAUUUAGAAUUUGAGUAUAAUAUAAUAUUACCUCAGGAUUUUUUUUUUA